UGUAAUACUUAUACUUAUAUAGUGGUCGGCGAUUGCAGAAACGCGAAAAAAGGCAGCGUAGCGCAGUAAUAAAAUCGACUCGAGUAGCGCAGUAUCUAUUGCCACGUUAUCCAUCGAGGCUCGCGCAAGAAUGCACGUCGGCGCAGAAAAUUCGAUUGGUCCAGUGUCGUGUUUCAAAAGUGCCAAAUUGUAUCGUUACCGAGCCAAGUGCUAACAACGGUAUUUUAUCUCGAUGUUCCAUCCUAUUGUCGAUUGUAUUUUCGAUCGUUUUGCAUAGGUGCGCGCGUGUGAGUUAUUACGUGUGUGGUUUUAUAUACAAAUAGCAGAGAGUCACAAACGCACUUGUCAUCUCUUAUAGGCACUCAGUUUCUCAAGUCGUCUCGCUGAUCGCGCUCUAUAUGGAUCUCUCUAUGUGACUGUUACCAGAGACAGUCUCAUGGGGGCCGUUGCUGCUAAUUCGUUGUAUUACUCUACCGAUCGGCUGCGAUAAAGCUCUCGCGCUCGAGACGUUACGUGCAGUCGACGUUCCUUAAAUGAUUAUAUUGACCGCGCUCGAGUGGACUAUACAGAUAGAGCAGCAGCGAAGAAGCGACCAAAAUAUAACCCGAGUCAAGAGCAAUAGGAGCGCAGCAACUCGGCGAGCCGAGACUUGCUCUUGCAACGACGCUGCAUGUGCAUACGCUCUGCAUGUCAGUCCGUAGGUCCGCCAGCUCUGUGUACAUAACAAGCCGCGAGACGUUCGUGCAAAAUCUGCUCCGUCCUGGUUUGAUAUUAAAAUAUACAUAGAAUGAUGGACAUCGAGGAGAGAGCGCCGAAAUCGGGCCCGAUGGCCUCGUUGAACAGCCUCUUCUCCUUCACCAGUCCCGCCGUGAAGAAGCUCUUGGGUUGGAAGCAGGGCGACGAGGACGAAAAGUGGGCGGAGAAGGCCGUCGAGUCGCUAGUGAAGAAGCUGAAAAAGAAAAAGGGUGCCUUCGAGGAGCUCGAGCGAGCCGUCUCGAAUCCGGGCCUGCCGUCCAAGUGCAUCACGAUUCCUCGCUCGCUCGACGGCCGUCUCCAGGUCUCCCAUCGCAAGGGCUUGCCCCACGUAAUCUACUGCCGAGUCUGGCGAUGGCCCGACCUCCAGUCCCACCACGAGCUCAAGCCCCUCGAGAUCUGCCAGUACCCCUUCUCGGCCAAGCAGAAGGAGGUCUGCAUCAACCCCUAUCACUACAAGCGCGUCGAGAGUCCCGUGCUGCCGCCCGUGCUCGUGCCCAGGCACUCGGAGUACGCCCCGGGCCGGCUGCCCAUGCACUACACCCAGCAACAAAGCGAGAACACCAUGCCCCAGAACAUGUCCUACUACCAGACCGAGUUCAACAAUCAGCAUCCCCAGUCCAUCGCCAGUGGCAGCAGCAUGGACACGACGGCCCACUCACCGGUGUCGAGCUACGGCUCCGUCUCCAGUCCCAUCAGCGCCACGAGCCACCACAAUCCCUACGCCCAGAACCAGGGAGGCGGCCCCCUGUCCGAGACGCCGCCGCCGGCCUACUCACCGUCGGACGACGGCUCCCAGUACGGCCAGUCGCCCUCGCCCAUGAUGGGCGUCGUCGACAACAACACCCAGGACUGCGCUCAGGUGCCCUACCAGGAGCCGAGGUACUGGGCGUCCAUCGCCUACUACGAGCUCAACAGUCGCGUGGGCGAAGUCUUUCACUGCCAGGCGAACUCGGUAAUCGUCGACGGCUUCACGGACCCGCGAAACAACUCGGCCAGAUUCUGCCUGGGCCAGCUCUCCAACGUCAACAGAAACUCGACCAUCGAGAACACGCGACGACACAUCGGCCGAGGAGUCCAGCUGCACUACGUCGGCGGCGCCCUCUUCGCCGAGUGCAACUCCGACUCGGCCAUUUUCGUGCAAUCGAGAAAUUGCAACCACCAGAGAGGAUUUCACCUCAGCACCGUCAUCAAAAUACCGCCAAAUUGUUCCCUCAAGAUUUUUGACAAUCAACUGUUCGCCGAUCUGUUGGCCAGCAGUGUCUGCAUGGGCUUCGAGGCAGUUUACGAGCUAACGAAAAUGUGUACGAUAAGAAUGUCCUUCGUUAAAGGAUGGGGAGCAGAGUAUCACAGACAGGACGUAACAUCUACGCCUUGCUGGAUCGAGAUGCAUCUUAACGGGCCUUUACAAUGGCUUGAUAAUGUUUUAACGCGUAUGGGUACACCCCAUAACGCAAUCAGUUCAGUGUCAUAAAUUUCAAAACCUUUAUAACGUAUACGUCAAAAAAAUGGACAAUGCCAUCAAUAGCUUAAUGAUCGAACUUCAUGCCAAUAUAUAAUAUAUUGUACGAGAAAAAGGUUCCUUUCAUUCGUGACAUAAGAAAAACUCGAAGAAAAAUUUUAAAUCGUGAUUUUCCCGAAUCGAAGACUAUAAUUGUAUGAACAAAUAAUCAACUUCUUGCAGAGUGCAAUAAUUUUUCUUCGGCGUGUUCAUGUAUGAUUCCAUAUGAAAUUCAACGUAAAAACACGAUAAAUUGUAAUAUAAUUUAUAUGAAUAGUUUUUUUGACAGUUGGCAGUAAUGUUAGUGAUAUUUCAGAAAACUUUUGUAGCUCUAAAUGAUAAACUUUUCAAACACUGUACAGUCAAUGAUCGAUAUUAAUUAUACUGUGAAUUAAAAGAAAUUGUAAAAAUAAUAUUUUUUAUACUUUCAAUUAAGCAUUAUAACACACGAAUUUCUAAUGUUGAACAACUAUAAAUUAAGAAAUUAAAAGUUAAGAUGCGUAUUAAGAAAAAAUUGUAAAU